CUGUUCGGCUCUGUCGUAACUUCAUCCAUUGAUCACAAUGGUACCCAGCGCUACACUUACUGUGUGCUCGGGGCUGGACCCGCGGGUCUGCAGAUGGGGUUCUUUCUGUCCAAGGCGAGAAGAGACUACAUCAUCUUGGAGAGGAACUCAGGCCUGGGCAGCUUCUUCAACAAGUAUCCCAGACACAGGAAGCUGAUUAGCAUUAAUAAGAUCCACACGGGGAGGCAGAACCGAGAGUUUAACCUGCGUCACGACUGGAACUCUCUGCUGAGCGAUAAACCCGACCUGCUGUUCAGGAGAGUGAGUGAGGAGUUUUACCCUCCGGCAGACGCCUUCCCCCUCUACCUGUCCAUGUUUGUGAAGGAGCUGGACCUGAGGGUACGCUACGGGGUGGACAUCGGGAGGAUCAGGUCCGUGCAGUCAGCCUCGGGCAGGAGCUACAUCCUCACUGAUCAACACUCUUCCGAGUACACAUGCAGCGUCCUUCUGGUGGCCACGGGUUUAUGGGUUCCUCAGAAGGUUGAGUUUAUUGGCUCUGAUCUUGUUGAGGGCUAUGAGUCCAUCUCCACCAACCCUGAGGACUACAGGGAUCAGGCUGUGCUCAUUCUGGGGAAGGGGAACUCUGCCUUUGAAACAGCCCAAAGCAUCUUAGGAAGUGCGAGUCUGGUGCACAUGCUCAGUUCGAGUCCAGUCCGACUGGCCUGGCAGACGCAUUACGUCGGAGAUCUCAGAGCUCUCAAUAAUGACCUUAUAGACACAUACCAGCUGAAAUCCCUCGAUGGACUGGUGGAGGCGCGCCUGGAGAAAAUAGUUAUAGCUGAGCGAAAGGAGCAGGGCAGGAGGAGAUCAGGUGGAAAGGAGGAGAAGAAGAGAAAACUCUAUCUAACUUUUAAAAAGUACACGCUAAACCGGAACGACCGGAACGACUCCGAUGUGACGCGAGAGGAACUGCCUGGGUACCACAUCGACAACUUCCCCAUGAGGAAACCCUACGACCGCGUGAUCCGAUGCCUCGGGUUCCGAUUCAACUUCAGCAUCUUUGACAGCACCACAGACAGGCCUGGCAUGGUUACCCGAGCUAUACAUCGUGUACUGGAACGUCGUUACCAUGGCAACCUGUGGCCAUCAACCAAACUUUUGACGACGCAGUUGCUGUCCUGGAUUCUGAGGCGGGUCGGCGAGGCAUCUGGACCAUACCAGAUGUUUGAGGUGCUCGGGGAUGUUGUACUUCUGCGAGGCUCUCGUUGUGAGUACAUUGAGGAGUUUCUCCUCCAGGCAUUACCCGACUUUUCUUCUCUUUCCGGCCACGAGGUUUCCAGCCAUGGACUGAUAGUGCUCGUUAUGCAGUACGGGAAGAAGAAGAUAGACAAUCUUGGCCCCGGCAGGGCUGAAACAGACUGGACCAAAGCUUGGAAGUCCAACUUUCUCCACCCUGUUUUAUACUACUACAAAACACUCCCGACCGAGGAACAAAUGAAGAAGCGCCCCCGGGGCUGGCCUUUACCGAGACCUGAUGCGAUUCAUCACAUAGUUGAAGACUUCCUCACAGAGUGGGACGGCCCCCUGUCUCACAUCCAGCCACUGCGACACUUCCUGGAGCACUGUGUCCACACUGACCUUAGAGCCUUCUAUGCAGAAUCCUGUUUCCACUCAGCCCUCACACACCGUAAGCCGCCGCUCUUUUGUCAGCAGGGAUACCUGAACCAGCGAGGCGUCCCACGCAGCAGUCAGCUUCCGGAGCGAGCUCACCGCGCUGGACUGUCGCCAGCUGAGCAGGACGCAGCCGGCGCACCGGCAGCUAACGCAGCAUUCCCACACUACCUGGCUCCAGCUGGAGCAGCUGUGUCUUCGGGACUGAAACUUGACUUCUGAUUAUCUGAUUUGUUCGUGUGGUGUCAUGCCGUUUAUUUUUCUCUCGUGCUACCUCCUUCACAAAAAAUAUUCCCUCCACAAGACCAAAUAUUUGAAAGGUAUAU